UGUCACUGUCAGACACUGUCUUUUCAGUUUUCCAUUUUUUCUGGUGAAACGCUGUGAUUCUUGUUCGAGUGCUUGGAAGAGUUUAAUUGUGUACAGUUGAGCAAACGCUAGGACGCAAACAUCCAUCAAAAUGUCUGACCCGGUGGCACGCCCCAUGAAGUUCCCGUACACUUUCUCGGCUCAGAUCGCACAGUUCCCAUUCCAGCACUACUUCAAGAAUCAAUGGAUCUGGCGCUAUUAUUUCAUCGCUUUCGGAGUGUCGAUCCCUCUGUUCUAUAAAAUCAGCAAAUUGGCCAACUCGCCUGGUAAUGUUGCCAAAUGGGCUGAGUCGAAGCGCAAGGAACAUGCUGAACAUCAUUAGGAA